CAUAAAGAGCCCUCCUCGUGUCUCCGGCAGCAUAAGAAGUAACUUGCUCGCCCACUUCCCUCAAGCCGAGGCUGUUCGGCCGUUGUCUCUCGCUAGAGCAUCACUUAAUUAAUUACUUAGUCUACUUUACUUACUUCUUCGUCCUCCCUCGCUCUGACGUCUCUCUAACGUCGAGUUCCAUUGUCAAUUCCUCUUCUCGUCCUCUACGAUCCUUUCCAUCCGCCCCUCUCCUCAUCUCCUUUCCUUUCCUUUCUUUCCACGGCCAUCUGCACACGUCGAGGGGAUGUUCACGGCGUCUGCUCGCAGCCGUCUCUCCACCCUUGGACGUGCCCCUACUGCCACCGCAUCGCUCUAUCGACCCGCUCGAUCUCCAAUCCUCUCCGCCAUGGCUCCGCGACGCAAGGCGUCCUCCGUCCCUGAGGGAUACAAGGAAGACCUCUCCAAGGGCAAGAUGCUCCGGUUCGAAGAUUCUCUCCCCCGGUUGCCCGUGCCCUCGCUCGAAGAGACCGGUCGCCGAUACCUGAAGUCGGUCCACCCGCUCGUCUCGCCCGCCGAGUUCGAGCGCACCUCCAAGGCCGUCGAAGCCUUCAUUCGUCCCGGUGGUGAGGGCGAGCCUCUGCAGAAGCGCCUGCUGGAGCGCGCCGCGGACCCCAAGCACAAGAACUGGAUUUACGAGUGGUGGAACGAUGCCGCCUACCUGGCCUACCGCGACCCCGUGGUCCCCUACGUCUCCUACUUCUACUCAUACCGCGAUGACCGGUUGCGCCGUAACCCGGCCAAGCGGGCUGCGGCCAUCACCACGGCGGCGCUGGACUUCAAGCGCCAGGUCGAUGAUGGCUCGCUCGAGCCCGAGUACAUGCGCGGCCAGCCCAUGGCCAUGAGCUCGUACGAGUACAUGUUCAACUGCAGCCGCAUUCCCGCAGAGCCCGCCGACUACCCCAAGAAGUACUCGCACAAGGAGCACAACCACAUCGUUGUGAUCCGCAAGAACCAGUUCUUCAAGGUGCCCACCGUGGUCGACGGCCGCCAGCUGAACACCUCGGAGCUGCAGCAGCAGUUCGAACGCAUCUACCAGAUUGCCGACCGCGCGCCCGGAGUGGGCGUGCUGACAGCUGCCAACCGCGAUUUCUGGACGGCUGCUCGCAAGAGGCUGAUCGAGGCCAACGCGGCCAACGAGCAGGCCCUGCAGGACAUUGAGUCCUCGGGCUUCGUCGUCUGUCUGGAUGACGCCACCCCCGUCACUCUGGAGGAGCGCGCUCACCAGUACUGGCACGGUGACGGCAGCAACCGCUGGUUCGACAAGCCUCUGCAGUUCAUUGUCAACGACAACGGCACCGCCGGUUUCAUGGGUGAGCACAGCAUGAUGGACGGCACGCCCACCCACCGCAUCAACGACUACAUCAACAAUGUCAUCUUCAACAACCGCCUCGACUUCAGCGACCCCUCCAUCCGCUCGAACCUCCCCGAACCCAAGCCCAUCCGCUUCCACCUCACCAAGGAGUCCCUCGCGGACAUUGACACCGCCGCCAAGGAGCACCACCAGCAGAUCGCGGCCCACGAGCUGCGCGUGCAGGCCUUCCAGGCGUACGGCAAGGGCCUAAUCAAGAAGUUCAAGUGCAGCCCGGAUGCAUACGUGCAGAUGCUCAUCCAGCUGGCCUACUUCAAGAUGUACGGCAAGAACCGCCCCACGUACGAGUCGGCCUCGACCCGUAAGUUCCAGCAGGGCCGUACGGAAACCACCCGCACGGUGUCGGACGAGAGCGUCGCCUUCUGCAAGGCGCACGCCGACCCUGAGGUGCCGCGGGAGGAGGUCGUCAAGCGCUUCCGUGCCGCGCUCGCUGCGCACACCAAGUACACGCUGGACGCCAGCGACGGCCGUGGUGUGGACCGACACCUGUUUGGUCUGAAGAAGCUGCUCCGUGAGGGCGAAAAGCUGCCGGAGCUCUACCAGGACCCGGCCUUUUCCUACAGCUCCUCGUGGUUUAUUUCCAGCAGUCAGCUGAGCUCGGAGUACUUUAACGGCUACGGAUGGAGUCAGGUCAUUGACGAUGGUUUCGGUAUCGCAUACAUGAUCAACGAGAACAGUCUCCAAUUCAACAUUGUCUGCAAGCACCUUGGCGCCGAGCGCAUGAGCUUCUACCUGAACGAAGCAGGCCUCGAGCUGCGCGAUCUGCUCCUGCCCGACCUCGUGUCCCAGCCCGAGAAGGCGAAGUUGUAAGAUAUAAAAUAGGGACCAGCGGGACGAGACAAGAGUCGAGUUUGGGGGUUCAAAUGUUAUGUGGAAUAUAUAUUGGGGGCUAUUUCACCCCAUUGAAGGUUUCAGCCGUUUUUGAAGUUCUUAGGUUUCUUUUGUGAGUGUGCUGUUUGAUGCAAGGACCUUGCUGUACAGAUACAGAUCUAGCGAGAUAUACCUCUUUGCAUCUGGAGAAGAUAGGCGAAUGAAGAAUUCAAUUUACCAGUAUUAUAGAUUAUUAUCAUGUCUUAUCGAUUUUAUAGAGAGGGGGGAAUAGUAGUAAGAGAGAAAGCAUAUCUGACUUCAUUCCGUGCUAAUCACGUGACCGUCAUCGAACUAUAUCCAACGACAUGACACCAGCUCCUUCAUAUACAAAU